AUGCUGAGAAGAGGAGUUUACAGUGUCAGGCAAAUACGUCACCAGAGCUCGAAAGUAACGGCCACUCUCAAGGACGUUGGCGUGGCCGAUCCCCAAGACCUCACGCAGCAGGCACCUAACAGAAUUGCCCCAUGGUCCAAGUCGCAAAGGCCCAGAUCUGAGGCAAUGACAGGUCCCAGAUUUGAAGGCAAGGAUCUUGAGAAGCAGCCCAGACCAUAUGCUGCCAUUGAUUUGAUCGCCAAGCAGCCAAUCAGGUAUAUUGAGCACGGUAACGUUGCCGUUUGCGAUGGAAACACAGGAAUUCAGGGCCACCCUAAAGUAUUUAUUAACCUGGACCAGAAGCGCGCCAACUCUUGUGGAUACUGUGGCUUGAGAUUUGCGCAGGCAAAGUUCAAGGCUGACUUGGAAGCGCAAUAA